CGCAGAAAAAACGCGGUCCUGUGGUCCACUUCCGCCCGCCCUCGCAUCGCCCUCAUAUACGGCAGCAUCGCCUGUGAAGCCCAGAGUCGCCCGUUCCGCUCCCUGACGCCCACACAGCUCAAUGGCUCCCCCCAUGCGGCCCUUCGCGGCGACGGCCCUCCAGCAGGUCGCCCGUCGCGCCUACACCACACAACGUCCGUCGCUGGCCGCCCGCGCCCGCUGGACGCCGCGCCCUGUGCAGGCUCAGCUGGCCCUGCGCCAGAGCAUCCGCGCCCAGAGCAACCUCACGCCGAACAAGCCGCAGGUCAAGAAGGGCGGCUUCCGCCUGCUGCGCUGGACAUGGCGCCUGACGUGGGUGUCGGCCAUUGCAGGCCUCGCCUACGUGGGCUACGGCAUCUACGAGACGCGCCACCCCGUCGACCAGCCGCCGCCGGACCCGCAGAAGAAGACGCUCGUCGUCCUGGGCACCGGCUGGGGCUCUGUCUCGCUGCUGAAGAAGCUCGACACGGAGAACUACAAUGUCAUCGUCGUGUCGCCGCGCAACUACUUUCUGUUCACCCCGCUGCUGCCGUCGUGCACCGUCGGCACCAUUGAGCACCGCUCCAUCAUGGAGCCCAUCCGCAACUUCCUGCGCCACAAGAAGGCCGCCGUCAAGUACUACGAGGCCGAGGCCACCAAGAUCGACUACGAGAAGCGCCUCAUCUACAUCAACGACGAGUCACCCAUCAAGGGCGACGUCUCGCAGACCCAGAUCCCCUUCGAUAUGCUCGUCGUGGGUGUUGGCGCCGAGAACGCCACUUUCGGCAUUCCCGGUGUCCGCGAGCACGCCCUGUUCCUGAAGGAGGUCGGCGACGCCCAGGCCAUCCGCAACCGCAUCAUGGACUGCUGCGAGACGGCCACCUUCAAGGACCAGUCGGAGAAGGAGCGCCAGCGCCUGCUGCACAUGGUCGUCGUCGGCGGCGGCCCCACCGGUGUCGAGUUCGCCGGCGAGCUUCAGGACUUCUUCCACUCGGACUUGAAGAAGUGGAUCCCUGAGAUCACCGAGAAGUUCCACGUCACACUCGUCGAGGCCCUGCCCAACGUGCUGCCCAUGUUCUCUAAGCAGCUCAUCGACUACACCGAGAAGACGUUCAAGGAGGAGACUAUCGACAUCCGCACCAAGACCAUGGUCAAGAACGUCACCGACAAGUACAUCGAGGCUGAGUCGACCAGCCCCGACGGCAAGAAGCAGCUUGAGCGCAUCCCCUACGGUCUGCUCGUGUGGGCCACUGGCAACGCCAUGCGCCCGCUCGUGAAGGACCUCAUCAACCAGAUUCCCGCCCAGAAGGACUCGCGCCGCGGUCUUGCCGUCAACGAGUACCUCGUCGUCAAGGGCGCCGACAACGUCUGGGCCGUCGGUGACUGCGCCGUCGCUAACUACGCGCCUACUGCCCAGGUCGCCGCCCAGGAGGGCGCCUUCCUCGCCCGCAUGUUCAACCAAAUGGCCAAGUCCGAGGAGAUCGAGACCAAGCUGGCCGAGCUUUCUGACAUCCAGGAGAAGGCCCCCAACGCCGAGGCUCGUAACAAGGCUUUCGACGAGAUCAAGGAUCUGCAGAAGCGCCUGAGGAGGAUGCGCGGUGUCAACCCCUUCGAGUACUCCCACCAGGGCUCACUCGCCUACAUCGGCUCCGAGAAGGCCGUCGCUGACAUCUCGUGGUUCUCCGGCAACAUUGCGUCCGGCGGCACCAUCACCUACUUCUUCUGGCGCAGCGCUUACCUCAGCAUGUGCUUCAGCACGCGCAACCGCAUCCUGGUGCUGAUGGACUGGGUCAAGGCGAAGGUCUUCGGCCGUGACGUAUCACGCGUCUAG